UGUUUGUGAUGAGGUUUAUAUUCUAAACUUUGAAGAUGCAUUUUAUUUUUUCUUGCUUUUAUGGGAUGGCAAAAGGCAUUUGGGAUGAUGUGGCAUUUUCUUUGCUCUUUUCUUGUACUCAACUGUAUAAGAAGAUAAAUAUAUUUCUAUGUUUUUUAAGAUAAAAAAUAUAUAUAUCUAUGACUAUGGCCGCGUGUUAUCCGGAACGAACUGGUGGCAUGCUUGUUUUAGUGGCUAAUUUAGCUGGUGACUACAGUGACCCAUUGUCCAGACUUUGAUGUUGAGCCUUGGAUAUUCACGGAAACUGUCUGAUCUCUUUGUCAUAGUCUGGUGGAUUCAUGCAAUACUGGCAAGGAAGAUGAAAUUCAAGAUUGGAAGUAAAAAAGCUUGUAGGUAAGCACGAUGUGAUAUCAUCCUUCUGUGUUUGUAAAUUGGAUGUUUUGUUGACCAUGUAUUACAACUUCAGUUAUAGAUGAUCAGGACCACCAUGGUAACCAGUUUGUUGCUUCUGAAGCUACCAUGCUCUUCUACAGUUGGCUGGUAAAUAGUUUAUCGAGAUGGCAUAUUUAUUUGUUAUCAAAAGUCGACAAACUUGAGAUGUUUUCAAGGGAUAUGUGAGCCAAGAUCAUUCAGUAUAUGGGCCACUGGUUGAAGGAAUCAAGGGAUGCCUCCAGGACUCUGAGGACCAUGCGCUGCUGGCGGUCCGAUGUACGGCUAAUGAGGUAGCACAUGCAUUAGCAAAGGAGAGCUGCAAUAAUUACUUGGCUUCAUGUUCCACUGGAGUGUAUUAUGAACUUGCUAGACAAGGAGUGUAAUAUUAGCAGCUAAUUCUCAAACAAAAAAAGAAGUUAGAGACGUUUUCAUAGUUCAAGUUGGCCACUGCUCUUCUUUGCUUGGGUAACCAGAUGUUUUAAGUAGUCUAUUUUCUAUGCUUAUCUUUUUUAUAUUGUAACUGUGCCUACCUUGCUGCAGGCCAAUCACUAAACGAAUCUGAGUAAUUUAUAACUAAUAUAAACAUGUGCCCAUUGGUGGGCUGAAGUUCUUAUUACUUGCCUUCAAUUGCUAUUUGUUCCUCUAUGCUUUAAAGUUUUAGAUGACACGUUCAUAGCAUGGGUGUCAUGUUUACUUGCAGGUUUAAAGUGCUAAUGGUACUGAGGGUGUAUGCAGUGCAGGCGAUAGGCGGAUCAGGUCUGGAGAUACCAAAUGACUACUACAUUCAGGAUUGGUUGGAGGGCUUAGCUGUCAAAGAUAGAAGAUCUGGGGUGGUUUGAGUUUAGAUGCCGUCGUGCCUAGUGUAGAUCAAGCAUGGUGUACAUGCUGCAUAUAACGGAUAAAGCUGGCCACUACAGUGGCUGUUCAGUCUCCAGAGUUUGGUGUUGAGCUUUGGCCGUUCACAUGAACCAUCUGAUCUCUUUGUCAUGGCCUGAUGGAUUUGUGUGACGAUGGUAAGGAAGAUGAAGGUCCGAGAUUGGAAGUAAACCCUAGAAGACUAACGAUGAUAUGAUAUCAUCCUCAUGUAUGUGUAAAUUGGAUGUUUUAGUCGCAGUGUAUUACAACUUUUGUCAUGGAUAAUGAAGACCAGCAUUUUAUGGACCUUGAUUCACAACAAGAUAAUAUGGGCAGGGUAAAGGUCCAUGGACCGGGGAUGUCCCUCAACAGCCUCACUGCAGGGCUUGUCCCAGACGUGGAAGAGGGGCUUAAAGAAUUUUUGAUUAUUUCAUUGCUUAUUUUUAGCAGAGUACAUGAUGUUCCUUUUAUAUGGAAGACUCGUCCCGACCACCAAAAAUAGGAUAUCUUCUUUCCUAACAAACUCAUCUCUAACUUUCUAAGUAAAUGUAUCUCUUCACUUGGCAUCUUCUAAUUCCUUUUGCUUCUGGCCGGGGUAUGUCACAUGCCAAUUCAAUUGCAUUGCAUGGGCCAUAUUUUUUACCGGUAGCAAAUAUGGUAACCAAUUUCAUUGCCUCUGAAACUCUUCUAACUAACACGAACCUGUGCCCAUUGUGUGUUAUAUUCGUAUUGCUUGCCUGGAAUUGCUAUUUCUCUCUAUGCUUUAAUGUUUCAGCCUUUCAGGUCACAAGUUCAUUGAUUGAGCGUUAUGUUUACUAGCAGGUUUGUAGUGCUACUGGGCCUGUGUGCAGUGAAUGGGAUAAACGGCAGGUCUGAAGGUACCGAAUGACUACUUCAAUCUAAUAGUGAUUUAGUGAUUACAGAUUAAACAAAAUACUGGCUCAUGAAAGAUGAAAGCAUGCUAAAAAACUGCAAUUAUAUGUUUUAAUACUGAAAAAAAUGCAAGUUCGCAUGUAACAGUAUACUUCUCCCUUGUGGUUUAUCUCUACUCCUAUAAAAAUACGAGUUGGUGAUGAUGGUGUGCCUGCCUUGCUUCAAUUUCAACCAUCAGAUCUACAUCCAACGCAUUGCAAGUAAUCUGUGGUAAAUUUUGCAAAAAAAAACGCCUGAUGCAUUACACAUUUGUAGAUAAGCCCUCUCAGCCUAUCUCUCUUGUUCGACUCUCUGCCCCACCCCCACCGGGUCAAAAAAAAAAAGAAACUAUCGACCUUAUCCACCAUCUCCUCUCCAGAACGGGAGGCGCCGUACGAACCGCCGCCGGCAGCGCUGGAAUCGAUCCGGCGAUGUGGCAGUUGUCGACGCCGUUCAACCCCAGCCAACUCCCCGGCCUUAUGCCUUCUACCAGUCCAACCUCUCACCGCCGCGGCGAACCAUCCUCCUCGCCGUCUCCCCCGUGGCUCCGCCCCUUUCCCCGUCUCAUCCGAUGCCAACCUCGGCAAGCAGGCCGACGCCGCCGUCCGUCUAACGAGGCCUAUACUGCCUCCUCCUCUGCUGCUGCAGGCUUAGCGUAGACCAUCACUGCCACCUCUCCCCCCUUGCCGUCUCCUCCGCCUGCUCACCCGUCUCCUCCGCCGCUGGCCGCCGUAGGUCCGCCACCGACGCAUCUUCUGCCUCUUCCUCUGCCGCAGUGUUCCCACCGACCUCCGCCCAUCAUCGCCACCACCUCCCCCUCCUCGAUGUCUCAUCCGCCCUCUCCACCCUCUCCUCCAACGCUGACUGCCCCAAGUACGCCGCCGGCUACGAGCUGCUCAUUCACAGCGGCGGCGGCGCCGUCACAUACUACUCCUUGCCCUUCCCCACCGGCGCGCUAUUCUUGGCUACUGUCAUCCUGUCCACCCAUGCCGCCUCCCAAAUUUAAAUUUUCUGCCAAACCCGCGCGCCCAGGCGAAACUGUCUAGAAACCAUCCUUGCAGGCCCAUAUAUAUCAAAUUUUCUAUCACUCUGGGUUCGAAUCCGCAUGCCAAGGUGGAGCUGUCUAGAAACUACUAUUGAAGACCAAUAUAAAGCAAAUGGGACUCUCGCUGCUGCACCCAAAGAAGCCAAACGCUGGUCACGCCAAUCUUCAGAUUGAAUGGAUUGUGAGGACUUCGUCUUCUGUUCUACUUCGUGAAGGACCAAGGUCCAAAAGAUACUCAUCAAGCUCAGAAAUUAGAAGUCUCCAGGAGAAACCCUUGGAUUUAGGUGUGAAACUGAGUAAUCACAAGGUCUUGCGCCCAAAUGUUACAAUCCUCGUGCCAACAAAGCGAUAAAGGAAAACAAAAAGGUUGCUAUCUUGUCCCUUAUCGCUUGGUGGAACAAUCUGUUUGCAUAUAUUUGUAUUAUCUGACUAUUGGUCCAACUUUAAAUAACACAGUGGUCGAUGACAAUAAUAAGUCCCACAGUGGUCUACAGUUUCCUUUUUUUUUUUCCUUUGUGUAAGUAUACUGCAGGUGCUUGUCUGAUGUCCUUUUAGGUGAGAAGAUAGAAGUGAGAGCCCAAGUAUUAAGUCAAAACACUUCUAAUUCAUUCUUGUUUCUUUCUUCUGGACCAUUUAGGUGAAUCUUAUAUGUGGGCUAUAAUUUUGUGCUAAAGAAGGUCUUUAGGACCCCAAAAUUUAGUAAAGAUUGUAAUGCUUCAUCAUCUACUACUAUUAGACGAUGAUGCCACUUUUAUUGGCAUAGUUGACAUCAAAACUGGAAGCUACAGGUCAUUGUAUGGCUCGAUAUCUCGACUCUAAAGCAACAUUUGGUCUGUUUAUUGUCUGAGUUCUAUUCUUAAGCAACAUUUGGUCUGAUAAAUUACUUUGGGUCUUCGGUCAUUUGAAUACCUGAUGAUAUAUGUGGUGAAUAAUUAGUUUGCUCCUCCUUAGGUUGUGUAACCUGUGGGCUUCCAUCUGCUGGCGUACCACAUGAUAUGAUAUAUGUGCUGAAUAAUUACGUUCGCUAAUUAUUUGGUGCCAUCUCGGUAAGAGGAGGAUUUACUUGGGUUAUUUGUUAGGUAUCAUGUCAUUCAAAAAUCAACUUCCUUUUCACUGAAGGAAUAAAUCCUGCUUUCAUGUGUUCGUCCUAACAUCUUGAGCAGCCUUGCACAAAGGAGCUCUUUGAGGACUGUUGUGACAUAGACCCAGUAAGCUGGCGAUGGUGGCGCAGGAAGUGUGGGCGUCGACAUGGCUGGAACCCCAUGGUCAUGAGACUAGCAAUGUAGUCGUCGUCGUCCUUUUUGGGCUCUGCUGUGUUUGGUCUAUUUGGGAUUCUGUGUACAACUUUUUUCUCCGUAUGAGAGUUAACUGUAGUUUGUCAGGUUACUGGUUGACGAUGCUCUUGUUCAUGUUACCAAGGAUGAUGGAGGGAGUAGUUGUUUAUGCUUUCAUGUUGGGUUUGGGUGGCUACUGCCCAGCCCGUAUGGUGUGUAUAUGUGCGUGUGUGUAUUGGGUUUGGGUGGCUAAUGCCCAGCCCGUAUGGUGUGUGUAUGUGCGUGUAUGUAAAUACCGGAAUGAUUUCAGCAACCGAAUUUGGAGUCUGUAAGCUCCUUUUCUCGGAAAAAGUAGUGCAACUAUAGAGCAAACAUGACAGAGGUGAAGCUUUUACUGAAGGGAAAAGUCUUGUGAAAUCUUGUUUUUUUUGGAAAGUCUUGUUUUCUUAGAGAUGGAGUACGACACAGAUAGGGAGUAGCAAUAGUGUCCUGCCUAUAGGAUUAUAAAUUCUAGGUUCUCCCAAUUUUUCAUUGGCGCUUGCUGAAAUAGAAAGAGACAUGAACUUGGCUCCUGAGCUCAAAUAAUGGCAGUAAUAUAAUAUUCAAAACAAUCUUACUGUUUUGGGCAGCAAACAUGUUGGACUGUUCUAGGUGCGCGCACCAUUUUUGUGAAAAACAACGUUCAUGUUGGUCUGGAAAAAUAUUCUAAACCAAUACCCAAAAAACUAUCUUUAAAGCUUUUUGAGUUCUUUUUUUUGCAAAAUACCAUGAAUGUUAGUUCUUUGAGAAAUUUUGCGUGCAAGUAGAAUACUCGAUCGACAUGUUUGCAAAAAAGAAAAAAAAAUCUAUUUUGUUUGCAUUUACUAUUCAUUUGGAUGCAUGUAAGCUCGGGAACAUAAUUGAAUAUUUGGAAAAGCAUAGUGAUAUUUAUUACACAGAUGGGAUGACCCGACACACGUCAAUCUGAACACAUGCAUAGUUAUUCCGUGCAACGCACGGGCAUCUUACUAGUAGUAUUACAAUGCUAAACUUUGUUUAGUCGUUCAGUAAGGACUGUUGUUUUUCCUUUAUUUUUGUAAAUAUUUGUAAAUUUUGGUUGUUCCUGCUAUCUUGGUGCUUUCAUAAUGAAAAGGACACGCUGCCAGGUGUGUUCGAGAAAAAUAAUCAACCUAGGACAGUCAUACUAUUGUGUGAUGGGGACAAACAGGAGGAUCAGCCAUGUCCUGAUAUAUACUAUAGGACAAUUCUUUUUUUAAGAACCAUCAGCCAUGUCCAUUUGGAGGAUGAUCGUUGAUUCCAAGUCUCCAAGCAUGGGAAGAACCGACGCCUUUCUCUGUACAAGAGCAACCAGCCAUAUCCUUGUGGAGCGCAGCACCAUCACUAGUUCAGUUCACCACCAUGCCCAUCGCCCGCGAGGAGUUGCUGGGACUGAAGGAACACAUGGAGCCCCCGCCGCCAUCUCCAUCCGUCUACCUUGACAUUCCUCCGUCGCCCUGUGGCGGCAGUGUCGGGGACCUGGUGCUUCCAUACAUCACUCGCAUUCUGAUGGAGGAGGACAUCGACGACAGGUUCUUCUACCAGUACCCAGACCAUCUUGCCUUCCUCCAGGCGCAGCAGCAAUUUACCCAAAUUCUUGAUGAUGCCAAGAACUUACCGUCCUGCGAAGGUGGCGACAUGGAGAAGAUGCAUUCCGAUGCGUCUUUGCAGGGUAUUCGUGGAGGCAGCAUGUGCUUGGCUGACAAGGACGUCCCGAGUUGGACGUUCUCGGAUGGUGCUGAGGUGGACAAUAAUGGUGAUCAGAGCAAACUCAACCGCUCCAAUGAAGCCAUGCUUAACUUUGCAUUCUUGAAAGGCAUGGAGGAGGCCAACAAGUUCUUGCCUAGAGACAACCAACCGCAGGCUGAUGUCUUCAGCGUCGACCAAGCGAAAGAGAUUUUUGGGCGAAGCAUUAGUGGUGGGGCACGGAAGGGUCAGCGUGAUGUGGACAAGCUGGAGGAAGUGGUGGGCAGGUCCAGCAAACUGCUGAUGCCGGAGCUGGAAGAGGAUGGCGCCCGCGAGAUGAUCAACAAAAUAAUGCUGAAUAGUUACGAACUAUGUGGGGAGACCAUGGAGAAGCUGCAAAUCACCAUGGAGAACAUCAGAGCUGAUAGAAAAAAUAAGAAGGCGGUGCGGGGAAAGCAGGGAAAGAAAGAGGCGGUGGACCUGCGCGGGCUGUUGCUAUGCUGCGCACAGGAGGUGGCCACCGGCAACCGUCAUGGCGCGGGCAAUCUGCUGAAACAGAUCAGGCAACAUGCUUCCGCAACAGGAGAUGCCGCUCAGCGGCUGGCGUAUUGUUUCGCCAAGGGGCUUGAGGCCCGGCUGGCGGGCACUGGGAGCCAGGUGUACAGGUCACUCAUGGCGAAGCACACCUCGACCAUGGAGUUCCUCAAAGGUUACGAGCUGUUCAUGGCAGCCUGCUCCUUCAAAAGGGUGGCGUUCACAUUCUCCAGCAUGACCAUCUUCGAUGCCGUGGAAGGGAAGAGCAAGUUGCACAUUGUGGAUUAUGGCUUGCAUUAUGGGUGCCAGUGGCCGGGCCUGCUGGCUUGGCUGGCGACUAGGGACGGCGGGCCACCGGAGGUGAGGAUCACCGGGAUUGACCUCCCGCAGCCCGGGUUCCGCCCGGCUAAGAGGCUUGAGGAGACAGGGCGGGCACUCAGCAACUGUGCCCGUCAGUUUGGCUUGCCGUUCAAGUUCCAUGCCAUCGCGGCCAAGUGGGAGACUAUCCGUGCCGAGGACCUCAACAUCGACCCUGACGAGGUGCUUGUGGUGAAUGACCUGUUCAAUUUCAACACCUUGAUGGACGAGAGCCUUGUUAUCGACAGACCCAGCCCCAGGGAUGUGGUCCUCAGCAACAUCCGGGAGAUGCAGCCAGAUGUGUUCAUCCAAGGUGUUGUGAACGGUUCGAGCGGCCCAUUUUUCUUGGCGCGGUUUCGGGAGGCGCUCUUCUUUUACUCAUCGGUGUUCGACAUGCUUGACGCCACCACACCACCAGAUAGCUACCAGCGCUUCGUUCUCGAGCGGGACAUGUUCGGGCAGUGUGCUCUGAAUACUAUCGCCUGCGAGAGUGCAGACCGGGUAGAGCGUCCUGAGACAUACAAACAGUGGCAGCUGAGAAACCAACGUGCAGGCCUCAGACAGCUGCCACUGAAGCCGAUUAUCACUAAGGUGGCAUCAGGCAAGGUCAAGAGCCUGUACCACAAGGAGUUUGUUGUGGAUGUGGAUCAGGGGUGGUUGCUGCAGGGGUGGAAGGGGCGCAUCCUAUAUGCUCACUCGGCGUGGGUGGCAGACGACACUAGCUCGGAGUAUUAGCUGCCUUUUUCUGCAUAGGAAAGGUUAAUGUUAUGGACAUUAGUAUAAGAUACAGCUGAGGCAUCCCCUCCCGUUUCCUUCAAACAUCUUAAAUUUCGCUCUUAGACACGAAUAUGAAUAACACCAGGGUGCCACUGCCGCAUGCUAAAUGUCUCCUGUAAGCUGCCUUAAAGUUACAUUUUUUUUAGACAUUAAGUUUCAAUUUUGAUGAGUAAAGACUUAAUGUAAAGGUCAAUUGCUGUUGCAGCAGCAGAUGUUUAUGUGCUUCCAGUCAUUCUUCUUCUUCAGUUAUCUCAUUAAGACAUGAUACCCGAAGAAGAAGAUAUAUAAUCUGUAGUCUCGUAUAAGAGGACCAAUAAAUUCAGUGUCAUGUGUAAAAGGAUUACUGGAAAUUGUUCAAAGAAAAAGGAUAACUCAAAUGUCUUGAAUUUGUAAUUUCUUUCUCUGCGUUUUCAUCUUACAAAUCCGUUUGCCUACUUGCAGGUGUCCAAGUGU